GCGUCAGUUCGGCGUGGAAAGUGAUAGAAUAGUGUACUACGUAGUGACACAUUCACGUGCAAGGAUCCUCGUGAGAGGUUCGAGAGUGUCUGUGUCCCAUAGAGCUUGGUCUCUCGUGAUUACGUCAUCACGCGUCGCUAUGUCCCGCUAUUGUUUCCUAUGCGCAAGCGACGAGGGUGUCUUCUUAGAAGUCACGUCGGAAAGUGUUCGGGCGGCGUUCAGCGGUCAGAUCGAGGCGUGCUUAUCAAAGAAGGUCAAUCAAACCAUUGAGUUGUCCAACAAAAUAUGCUAUAAGUGUGCAUAUGAAUUAGAUCAGUGUUCCAAGUUUCUACAGAAGAGCCAGAAGUCGCAAGAUUCCUUGAGAAUUCCAAAAGCCACAUUAGUACCGUACUGCUCUUUGUGCUGCGAGCCUGUAGAAAGUGGUCAUAUCUUUGAUAUCACUGAGGACAACCGUUCAAUAUUUAGUCCUUUGCAGAAAAUUCGCAAGAUCUUUACUGAGGAUCUCUCCAAAAAGGUCAGCCAUUUUAAACUAGUGUGUCUGGUGUGUCGAUAUAAUUUGGAUGUUUUGUACGAUCUGAAGAAGUUACACGAGCAAACAGUCAACAAUCUAGAAAAUUUGAUCAACAAAGAGUUGGAUUAUUCAAGUUUCCCAAAGGUAUAUACAGAUGUUGUGAAUCGCAAAACGACCAUCACCACGUUCCCAGACACCACGUUGUAUGAACUAGUAAGCUCCGGCAACGAAAGCGACGACGAGAUGGCACGUGGCAAAUCGCGCGGUAAAUUGCGCGGCAAACCGCGCAAAAACUCUGUAAAAAAGAGCAACACGACGAAGUCGCAGAACAAUGCCAAACUGAAGAGGCGAAGUUGCGACCAGUGCAACAACGUUGUCGAGAAUGGCAUGGAUAUGUACCGAUUGUAUCACACGGGCCAGACGGUAUGCAGAAACUGUUGGAUAACGACCGAUCCGAACAAGGGAAGAUCGAGGAGAAAUUCGAAUAACAGAUCAAUGGAGACGAAAUUGUGCACCGUUUAUCUGAAGGAUGUGCUGAACGUGGGAUCGCACAACAAUGACAAUACGCACAAGGAGAUCAAGAGUGACAAAGAGAAGGACAAGGAUGACGAAUUGAAUAUUUCAUCAGACCAGAGUUCACAAAAUGAAGACAAAAAUAGUCCGAAGAUGUUGCUGCGCGAGAGGAAACCGACUGCGAACGGCAGCUCAAGACGAGGUGGUAGAAAACGGCGAAUUAAUUCUGCGAAGAGUGAUGCGGAGAGCAUGCCGUUCAAACGACAGAAAGCAUCUGUGAUCGUGCACAAGAAAUCUACGAAGGCGUUGUCUGAUCUGGAUCAGCCGUCUACUAGUUUUGAAAGGCAACAGGGACGUAAGAGAAAAGAUAUAAGCGACAAAGAUUGGAGCACAGACUCGGAACAUUCUCAAAAGACGUCGGUCACGAGGAACAAAACGAAGCGCAGCUUGAGACGGACUAAUCACUUAAUGCGAGUUUCAUCAGCCUCCGAAGAGGACGAUGCGUACAAAACAGUCGCCAAGAGACAGAAACCUGUUAUCAUGGAAGCCAAGAAUGUCGGCUCAGAAUCUAACGACGAGUCGUCUAACGAGGCUAGCAGUAAAAGCUCGAAGAAAAAGGCGAAAGUUAUCGCAUCGAUGACGUUGACUCGCAGCAGAACAAGAUCGUCGUCUAUUUCUAGCAAGGAAAUGACGCCGCCCCCGGAGUUCAAGAGCCCGAAGAUCAUAGCAUCGCAGGAAUAUCCAUGCGACAAAUGUGAUAAGAAAUUCAAUACGAAGUUGACACAAGCGCAGCACAAGCUCACGCACGGCAAGCAGCUUACGCUUAAUCUAGAGAGAAUUAGCAUCCCUAGUAUAGAGGAGGAACAAGAAUCAAAAGUUGACGUGCAAGAGAACAGGACUGACACCGAGGAAGCAAAGGCGAGCACUAGCGGAACUGAGCUCGUCGACAGAAACUCGACCGAUCUAUCUGAGGAGAUCGUUAUUAAUGUCGGCGACGAGAAACAACAGCAGAAAGACGAUCAGAUGGAAAAACCGAAGGCGAAGGAGAAUGAAUCGCACCAAGAAGACGAGUCUUUGAAAAUCCAAGUCGACGAAGAGGCGAUUGCGAAAGAACCGCCACAAUGCGGUGAUUCGACGACUGUGUUUGAUGAAACGGCAACCGAGGUGGCGGAUGAUAUGAACGAAGAUACGGUAUUGAUAGACGAGGGUGACACGACGGAGGACCAAGAUGAUUAUGCACGGAAAGAUAACGUUACCGUUGUCGAGAAUCUUAAGAUGUCUGAUGGUGAGAAAGAAGACGAAGACACGACGAUAGAAGAUGACACGAAGAAGACAUCCGCCGCGGAAAGAGAGACAGAGUGUAACAAGGACCUUGACGACGAAAUAAAGCUCGAUAACGAGAAAACUGAAUCCUCAAUCUCACCAACUGCUAAAAAUAAUAAGGAUAAUACUGUCGAACAUAAUAAUGAUUAUGACAAGAACCUCGAGAAUAAUUUAGAAAACAAUCACAAAGAUGACAAGAACGCGAGAACGAAGGAUGCAGAUGUAACAUUGUCGGUAGAUUUAACGAACGAUUCUCAAGAGGAAGAUCCGAAGGAAUCGGAAGAGAAGAUAUUCACGGCAGAUAGCGAGACAUUAGAAAUAUUGGAUGACAAAGAGAACUCGGUGAUUGAUUAUCCGAAAAAACAGCACAAAGAGAUCGACAAAAAAGACGAGGAGGUUACGGAUGUUGAUAAAUACGACGAUAGCACAGAUAGUACCAUUAAGCCAAAUCUUUUGAAUUGUGAAAUAUUGGAUGAGCUGGAAAAUAAAGAUGUAGAAGAACAGGAGGAGGAGGAUGACGACGUAAUGAUGGUUAAUGUUGCAGAUAGUAACGACGUAACUGUCGUACAAUCCAAAGAAGUCACAGAGGAAACAGUCGCGACAAAUGAUUUGUUGACGGAGGAAGCAACACCAACGGAAGACGUGAACGAUCUCGAGCAGUUGAUGGGGAACAAUGAGUGUGAGUUGCGGGAUAAGAGGGAGAAAUACGAAAACUCACUCAUCACCUCUACGGAUACAGCUACUAAGAUAAUGGAGGAAGUGUUUGAUCUUGCAGCCGUUGAAGUGCAGAAACGAAAAGACGGUAACGGUAUUAGGAUGAACUCAGACGAAGAUAUCGAGAUGGAAACUUUAGAGAAUAUAUCGCGCGAGAUACGUAACAGCGCCGAUAUACCACCUCUGGAUGCGGGCAUGGCGAUAAAUAACGUGAACAACAUCACGGCGUCAAAUUAAUUUUGUCAUGCUGUGUGAUUUCAUUGCAUACAUCUCUUUUUUGCGAAGCAAGUACUCACCUACCGUGCUUGUGCAAUGCAUAUCUGUUACAGUCGUGGGGCUGUUAUAUGACGGUUUAAGAAAGUAAUUCAAAACAAAGAAUUAGCGAGUAUUUACAAGAUACGUUUUGUCGAGGAUGCUUUCUUCGAAUAAAGCUUCUGGAUAUUUGUGAAGAUGUUUUACACUUCGAUACUGUCUUCUUUUUUCCCUGCUUUUUAUUUUAUUUACCAUUAAUUGCGUGACAUAGUUGCGGACCUUCGUUACAUUGAAUUUCAGUACAUUGAAUUUUAUUGAUUAGAAAUAAUUUAAUAACUAUUAAGUGCGUAUUGUUAAAGUAUAUCAAUAACUUGUAUACUCAUAACUCACGUAAAGCUCGACGUGUGCAAUGAGAUUUCAGUGUUACACAUAAAGACAAGUUGUACUUGUAUCAUACAUAAUAUACUGAAAUAUUUAUAUAAAUAUAUGUACACAGAUUUUGAAGAAUUUACAUAUGUUUUGUCAAAAAUCCAUACAACACAUUUCUUUCGUUCUAUAAUAAUCAACUUUGUGUAAUGAUCAAUUUUCAUCAACUACGUUUUAGCUUAGAAAUUAAUAGAAUUACAAGAGAUGGAAGCAUGAAAAAAAAAACAAUUUUAACAUAAGAAACGAAUUUAAAAUAUAUUAUUAAUAAAAUGUAUAUUUUAUAUAUAUUCGUUAAUAUAUUAAAAAAUUAUUAAUGUUAAUAUAUAAUAUACAUAUUAUUAAUAAUCUAAUCGUAUUUUGUAGUUGUUACGCAGGCUUGAAUAUGUCCUGUGCAGGUGAAUGUAUGUUCUGCGCAGAUUUAGACUAAUGAAAUGUCAUAAUUUUUUAAGAAAUAUGUAAAUAUUUACGUAUAAAUAAUAAAUACAUAUUCUUUACAACA